AAUGGCCAAACGAUAGGCCUACCGAAAGGCACAGACAGAUUUUGAGAAAUCACGGCGCCAAACAGUGUUCGACUAAACAAAACUUGUUAUUUUAUCUAUAGUUAAGGCAUUUCUGUGUUCAUUAUGCAUUUCUUGCACGAUAAUUAUUAUUUCUAUCGAUUGUCUUGACAUAAUUGUCUCGGUUGCUAGGAAAGUGUCAUGGACGCUUAACUGUCUGAGAACUUUUACACUUUCUUGCCAUUUCCAGACGUCUUCUUGACAAUCGGUUUAACGUUGUUAAAACAAAAUAAAAACUGUACCGUUUGAACAAAUUUAUAUUUUCUGCUGCAAAAAUGACGACAGAGGACAGAUUUUCCAUGACUGCUGAAAAGUAUCUGGCAAAACACAAUAUUCUUGUGUAUUUAGAAGACAGUGUUGCUCAGCUGUUGGAGCACAGAGAGGAGAACCCUAAAACAAAUGCUGUUAAAUUCUUCAGUGAAUACUUCAACAGUUUACGAGAUGGCAACCACACCAUGUUUAGAGAGUACAAUUUUGUAAAGUCCACUCCACAUAACAGAGCCUCCUUUGUUCGACUUUUCUGGAAGUGCUACAGACAGAUUGGUAAAAAAGGAGAUCUACUGAGUAUCCAGGAGUAUCACUCUUUGUUGUCACUGUUGUGUCCAGACUUUCCAUUUGAACCUGUACAGAAGACUGCAAGAAUAAUACUGCUGGAUGAUGCCUUGGACUGCCUAAUAUCCUUCGCUGACUUCAUCUAUGCUUUCCAAGUACAGUUUUAUUAUGAAGAGUUUAUGGAAAAGUGCCAUGAGAUUUACCUGUCACUGAUGCAGACCCAGCGUAGUCCUCGGGACCCAGUGGUGGUACCAUCAGGGACAGAAGACACAAAGGUCCACCAGAAUAGCCACCAUCCUUCUGAUGGCGUUGACGCCAUGCAGUAUUUCAGGGCUGUAUACCCUCUGUGUGAUCGAUCCACCUUCAGCACACCACCAGGAAACUAUCUGAAGGAGAUUCUGUUUAAUGUUCCGAGGGUGUCCUUCUACGGGUUCCUAAUGGCCCUUGCUAAGAGUGAAUCUAUCAACGACCACAUAGGGAGACUCCCUCCGAAGGCUGAACUAUUAGAAGGAGCUGACUCCGAAUUAACAUCGCCACCCGUACAGCUUGCUAAAAAUCCUAGCGGUCAAACUGUGGCUAUUAAUCCUCAACUGACAGUGCCAAAUCCCCAAGCUCAUGCCAGACCUAGCCCAACAAUUCGAAUGAAAACCAAGACAAGGCCAGUAUCAGCGACGGGGAACAGCAAGAUUAGCACAGAUCGUGUCUCCAGUACACAGAACGUGUACACCACACAGCCACCCAGUGGCUCCCUCUCAUCCCAUUCUGUCAAGGGAAAGAACUCUCAUAUCAAUUCAAGGAAAACAAAGAAGAGAAAAGACAGUUCAGAUGAAAGUAGUUCGGAUUCAGACACAGAAAGCAGUGAUGACACAAACUGAAAAAUUACAUUUUGAAAUGAUAUUGUAUGAUAUUGUGUAAUGUUAGCACAUAAAAUAGUGUGUAUUGACACAAAGACCUAUGUUACCACACCGACAGAUUUACAGCGUUUUGAUCAACAUUGAUACUCACUGACCAGUUGCAAUUUUUGGUGUAGGAUUCACUACUCUCAAUGUCCUAUUCACACACUGUGGUUUGGUCAAAACGAAAUGCCUGAUUUAUUUGAAAUUUUAUACUCCGUUUAUGUACAAUAGAAAUAUGUGCACUUCAUAGAGAGUAAUGAAAAUAUUCCUGAUUCAUUUUUUAAUCAUUCCGUUAUAAGUAAUGCAUUGGUUGUCUAAAAAUCUACAUAAAAUUUAAAAACAAAUUAUCCAGUUUGGAUGAUUAUUUCCUUUUUAUAAACCACCUAAAACUAGAACCUGUAACAUUUGGGGUUAUUUACCAAAGUGGGGAGGGGUUUUAUUAGUCAUUUUUAAGUAGGUGCAUAUUUGUGGUCAAAUACAGUAUACCAGUGAUUUUAUGUUAGAGUUAUCUCCCUUUAAAAAUGUUAUCAUUAUACUAUUCCGUUUUUGCGUACAACAGAGUUAUCUUCUCUUGUGAGCAGGUAUUGAUUGUUUCGUCAUUUGUUUGUGAGAGAAACAUCAUCAAUUUUUGAGAAAACGACGUAGUUUUCUCACACAUACCUGCUCACAAGAGAAGAUAACUCUGCAAUACGCAAAGACGGAAUAGAACAUUCUUGUGUUCCUUCAUAAAUAAUUACUAACACAACUGGAUGACCAUACAGGAUUGAUUUUCUGCCCUUACAAUGUUUAGUGUUUUCCUUUUCCAUCAGUCUGUUCGUACAACAUAAUUGUUAGACUUCGUGUUUUGUUCAAUUGCACUUUUACCAGAUGUUAAAAAGUUAUCAAACUUCACAUGUGGAUAAACUUUGAGGGAUCAGUGUCACCUACAUUUAUUCAAUCCAUGUACUGACUUUGUCUUUGGCUCAGGUUCUGUCAAAGUGGUUGUAGGGGCAUGCGCAUACAUAUAUUUUACAGACAUUUUCUAGUUUUAACUGGUUUGUCAGUGUGAACUCCUACCAGAAAGGAGAACACUGUCACUGUGUGGGGUGAAUGAUGCAAUACUGUUGACAACUGUAAAUAGUUAUUUUUGGUAAAUGUACAUAUUUCUAUUUAUUCGCAAGAUGCCCAUCACAAAUUGCAAUAUUUCAUGAAGGUCUGCAUUUCAGCACAUGCAAACAACAUUUUUGUAUAUAGAUUCUAUAU